AUUUGCAUUGAAUAAUUUAUACCUUUUUCAAUAACACUGUACACAUGGAUUUUUGUUUAACUUUCAACUGUAAUGGAAAAGUGAAUCUUAAUGAUUGGGAAUUAGAUAAAGAUGGUUUAUUCUCACGAGGAGAAGUGGAGAAAGUUUUGUAUCCACAAGAUGAAUGUCUCUCAUCAGAAAAAAAUAUACAACUUUUUAAUUAUACUGUGCCUUUUACAACAGCAUUGUUAGAUCUAAAACAUUUUAACAAAUGCAUAAAUAUGCAAUUAAAAAUACUCAGUAGGCAUGAGACUCAUAAUCAAGUUUUAAGUUCGAAGGCAGAUGAUAUAGAUUUUUAUUAUGUAAGAUGUAUAAUAUCAGAAUUUAUUCUAUAUAUUCGAAUAUAUCUAAAUAGUAUUAAAGGGAAUUAUCAAUCAUUGCAAGUUAUAAAUGAAAAUAUUGAAGAAGAAUUUAAUGAAUUAUUCGUUAUAAUAAAACAUUUCCUAGAAAGAAUACAUAAUAUUCCUGAUACAACAUUCCAUUAUGCACCCUCUAAAUUAGGCAAUCAGUGUACACAACCAGAAUAUCAUAUGUAUCAUAUGCACAUUGAAUUAAGGUGGUUCUUUAUCUCAUUAAUGUAUACAAAACAUAUAUAUAGCCAGUAUUCAAUCGAAAACCAUUUGGAUGAAUUUGAAAAUGUUCAAGCAAUGAUUAUUAAUGAUCUAAUUUAUAUUUCAUUAAAAAUAUUUGAGACGAUGCCUUUGACACAAGUGCAACAGAAAACUCCAUAUAAUUGUACUUGUAUUCGUGAAUUAUGGCUUAUGCUUCAGAUAUUUAUUGAUAGUUUAUCAGAUAGAAUGAAAUCAAAGUCUUUUUGGGAGUAUAUUAAUGAAUGCAUCAAUAGAUUAUUGAACAGAAAUGUAUCUAAUAACAAUAAAGACUUUCUAACACUUUGCAAAAAUUCUGAGCUAUUCUGCUUAUGGAUUGUUCAUCAUCUUUCACUUUUAUAUGGAUACAAUAGUGAUGGAAUAUACUUAGGAUCUAAAUGUUCAAGGAUCAGGCCUAACUACGAGCAAGUAGAAAGAAUUUUGAAAACAUAUAUUUCUAAAGGUGGAAAAGAUGGUGAACGAGAUGAAAUUGAUGAAGAGUUAUGCAUUAUGAUACCUUUAUUAAAUACUAUUGUUACUAAUUGGUGGCACCCUCAAGUUUCAAUUAUUUCUCUUCUUUGGGACUGCUUUCAUAAAAGAUUAGACGAACCAUUUUUGUUACAAGUAUCUGGCCCUUGGACAUUGUCAGUUGAAAAGAAAACUACUAUGGAUCUUCUUAAACAAGUAAAAGAUAGAAUUACUAACACAGAAUGUAUUAAGGAAUCAAGUUAUGGAAUGUUCUUGCGUUUACUUGGAUCCUUUUUACGUAUAAAUUAUAAUAACAACGAUACAAAACAUUGGAAUCAAAUUAAAGGUCGCAUUUAUUCUAAAUUUUCCAAGGGUAAAGUUGAAGAAUUUUCAACAACUGGCUUAUAUAAUUUUCUUUCAUUAUUCUUAACAUUAGCUGUUACUGCUGAUACUACAAAUGUUUGUUCAGUAAUGUUAGAUCUUUUACCGUUAUCAAAAGAAUAUAAUAAUGAGAAUGGUAAAAAACAUAAUUUAAUUUGGAAAGGAAAACUGACUGUUCUUCUUUUAUAUAAUGAUCUUAAACUGAACUUGGCAAAUAUAGCAUCUUUAUAUAUAAAUACGGUGAAUAUUAUAUGCUGUCGCAAAGAUGAUACAUCUCGUAUAAUGAUGAAUAACUUCAUUGAUGUAUUUAGUACGAUUUUGUCAUCCACCAACAUUGGAUUAGGAAAAUAUUUAUUAUUUAGUGGAUGGAUAGAUCGAUAUUUAUUAGAAUGUUCAAAUAAAAUGGUAGGAACGUUAAUGAAAGUGUUAAUUAACGUUUUCGAAAGCUGCAUUUACCUCGCUAAAACUUCUAAUACAGGUGAUGUAGAACAGAUGCUGGAUGCUUUAUGGUGUUAUGUUGCAAGUAGAGUUAGACAACUUGUAUUUGAUCCUGCUCUUACUAAUGUACACUUUGAAGAUAUUUCAAAACUUGCUGUUUUAUUUACUUUGGAAGCAUUGAAAAAUCCAGCAACAGCAAAAAAGUAUAAGCAUUCAGCUACGACUUUAUUUCAGCACUUUGCAUCAUCAGUAAUUGUUAAAGACAUAAGAAUUACAAGACAUUAUUUGACAUUAAUACUUAAACAAGACCAAGCAAUUCAAGAUCUGAAGAAAGAAAUAAAAAAUUUUGAUACAAUAAUUAUACAAGCAUGGAUAAAAUGUUCCAUCAUUGGUCAUGAUACAAACAGGAAUGAAAUAAAAGUUUUACAAAAUUAUAUAUUACAAUUGGAAGACAUACAAAAGAUUUUUGAAACAUCUAAUGAUAUUCAAGAAUUUCAAAAUAACGAUGAGUCUAUUUUAAUGUUUAUAAUGCAUUCAAUGAAGAAAAGAAGCACUUUGAAAACUGAACAGGAACGAAUCCAGUACGAUAUAAAAUGGAGAUUGUAUUUCAAUCAUUUAGAAAAAUGGAUUCUUUUACCUAUUAUGGAGGAAACUAAAGAUUCAGAAUUGGCUUUAUGGAUAUAUAGGUGCAUUGGAACACUAAUUCUCUGUACUUCUAUUAUGUUAUAUUCUAAAAAUCAACCAAAUAACAUAUUCAGAACAUUACUAAAUAAAACUAUAUUGUCAGUAGAACAUAAUUUUUUAAAGAAUUUGGGAAAGAAGACGUUUUCUAUGAUACUUUUGGGUAUGGAAACCCUUAAUGUUAAAAGUGAUAUAUCACUUCAAGUAUUAAUACGAGAUCUUUUUGAUCAGUACAUGCCAUUUUUAAUAAUACCAACUACUAAUGCAAAUACUUUUAAAGUAUCUGACUCAUUACUAAAAUGCUUUAAAGAUGCAAAAGCAGAUUAUAUACGCUUGAUACUUGAGAUUUUGAUGACGAAUUUUUUUAAUGUUUCGAAUGACAAUAUGAUGCAUAAACAUUUUUAUUUAGUAAUGAUACUUUUACAAAAUCUGCUUAAAGAUGAAAUAAAUUAUGCAUGUCAUAUAGUAGAAUCCAUUAUUGUAAUUUGUACAUCAUAUAUUAUUGGAUGCUAUGUAAAAGUUCAUGACCAUCAUCCACAUAAACAACAGACUAUUGACUUUAUAAAUAAUAUUAUUAGAAAUAGAUAUUACAAAGAGAAUAAUUCUUUACAGAAUAAGUUCUAUAAUAUAAUAUCUAGUUCUGUUAAAAGGUCACUAAUUAUAAAUCAGCAUAAUACUUUCGAACUUUUACGUUCGAUUUUACCAAUAUCGACUGAAAUGGUACAAUUUUUAUCACCAGAACUUGAAUAUACUUUAAAUGAUUUGGAAAUCCAUCGACGCCCAAAUGCGGCAUCUUUUAGAUACUGCUGGAAUCAACUUCGAAAUCUUAUGAAAAGCAAUAUGACAAAUCACUGAUAAGUUUAAAAAAUUUAUUAAUAAAUGUCUGAGAGUAUCAUAAUGAUACUUCCUUAUUAUGCUACGAAUUGAUUAGG